AAAAGGAAAAAUUAUUCCAACACUAAACUCGUCAGUAGUCAGAUAAACCCUAAACCCUCCAUUGUCAUCUUCUCUCUCCUCUCUACAUCUAAUCACUUCCUUCAGUUUCCGAAUUCUGAAUUAGGGUUUCCACCUCUUUCCGCCAUUAAUCUUAUUCAAAAUCACACUUGUACCAGAAAAUGUUGAGAAGAAACAUACGAUUGAGGAGAGAGUAUCUCUACAGAAAAAGCUUAGAAGGCAAAGAGCGUUUGUUGUAUGAUAAGAAACGCAAAAUUAGAGAAGCUCUUGAAGAGGGGAAGCCAAUUCCAACGGAGUUGAGAAAUGAAGAAGCAUCGCUCCGCCAAGAAAUCGACCUCGAAGAUGAUUACACUGCUAUUCCUAGAUCAGUUGUUGAUGAUGAGUAUGCUAAGGCAACUGAGCGAGAACCAAAGAUUCUUCUAACAACAUCAAGGGAUCCUAGUCAACCCCUUACACAAUUUACAAAGGAAUUGAAGUUUGUCUUUCCUAAUGCAGAACGAAUGAAUAGAGGUGGCCAGAUUAUAAAUGAGAUAAUUGAAUCUUGCCGUGCUCGAGAAUUUACAGAUAUUAUAUUGGUUCAUGAGCACCGUGGUGUGCCUGACGGGCUAAUUGUUUGUCACUUACCUUUUGGUCCAACUGCAUAUUUUGGAUUACACAAUGUGGUUACCAGACAUGACAUCAAGGACAAGAAUUCGAUUGGAACAAUGCCAGGGGUUUAUCCACAUCUCAUUCUCAAUAAUUUCACAACCAAGCUAGGGGAUCGGACGGCAAGCAUCUUAAAGCAUCUGUUUCCUGUUCCGAAGCCAGAUUCAAAGCGAAUUAUCACCUUCGCUAACCAGUCUGACUAUAUCUCAUUCAGACAUCAUGUUUAUGAAAAACAAGGGGGUCCAAAAUCAAUUGAACUGAAGGAGAUUGGUCCUCGUUUUGAGCUACGACUAUAUCAGAUUAAGCUAGGAACAGUGGAGCAGAAAGAAGCCCAGAAUGAAUGGGUACUUCGCCCAUACAUGAAUACAACCAAGAAGAGGAAGUUUCUUGGCGAUUGAUUGCAUCCUUUGACCUUCGACAUGGUGUAGGCUGUUGCGUUUUUAUACUCCUUAAAUUAAGGAAAAUACAAGCUGUAAUUUUCUCUGUGAUGCUAAUACACUUAGCUUUGGUGCUGGAUGCAAAUUGAUGUUGUAAACAAUUUUGACGCAAUGAAACAUUAAAUUCAACA